AUGGAAAGGGUCGAUUUGGAAAUCGAUAUGGCCAGAACUGUCGAUCUGGCUGUUCGCCUACUUCCUGAUCAGCUUCUCCUACAGAUAUGCGAUGAGCAAGGAGCAGCAAAUGUAAGUGUGAACAACAACUUUAUUGUUAGAGUAUUUGAGGAGUUGUCAGGGUUUUUCCAACAGUACAGCGAGUACAUUCCCAUAACGUUCCUGCUCGGCUUCUACGUGUCGUGUGUGUUCAAUCGAUGGUCAGAAGUGUUCAAUAACUUGGGAUGGGUAGAUACGUAGGUUAAUUUCUACGCUAGGUAGUACCAAUACCAACAUAACCAAAGGUUAAAAGUCGUAAUAAAGAUAAUAUCAAGAUAAAGAUACUAGUUCUAAUGAUAUUUCAGACCAUCUUUGCUAAUCACUACCUACAUAAAAGGUACCGAUGAGAUGGCUCGUCGUACAAGGAGAACUCUUAUACGAUACUUGGUGUUAACUCAAGCCAUGGUAUUCAGAGAUGUUUCUACUUGUGUGAAGAAACGUUUCCCGACCAUGGAUCACUUAGUUACAGCCGGUAUAAUGACCGAAAAUGAAUUGAGAGAGUUUGAUGCUAUAAAGUCUCCACACAUCAAGUACUGGUAAGAAAAGUCUAAAUUAAAUAUAGAGCACAUUUAUAAAGUGUUUUACAUUGUUGUAGGCAUUGUUAUACUAUAUUGUUUUACAGGUUGCCAAUGGAAUGGGCCUUUGCUUUAUGUAGAAAGGCACGAGACGUUAAAAUGAUCGAAAGUGACUAUAUAUACGUUGAUCUACUCGAGGUAACAUCUUUCGUUGUUAUUUUGUAUAGUAUUGUGAACUUAACUUCUUACAACUAUUAUAAUUCAUUAUGUGUAUCAAAUUUUAUCUAAACUUUUCCAGAAAUUCCGCCAGUAUCGUGUCCAAGUCCUGCAGCUGACAUUAUACGAUUGGGUUCCCAUUCCUUUGGUAAAUUAUUAUAAAAAAUUGUAAACAGCCUGCGGUAAACAUUAUGAUAUUGUUGUUGUUUUAGGUAUACACCCAAGUUGUUCACAUCGCUGUCAGAACCUACUUCUUGAUCGCUUUGAUCGGAAGGCAGUACUUGCUCAACAAUGACACGGUAAGUGUAUUAUGAAAGGUUUAGGUGAAACAUGUAUUAGCUUUGCUAGUUUUUUGUAAAUUUUUUCAAUACAACGACUUUUAGAUUGAUCUCUUUAUACCAGUUAUGACAAUCUUCCAGUUUUUGUUCUUUAUUGGGUGGAUGAAAGUCGCUGAAGUGUUACUUAAUCCUUUAGGUAAAGUUUGGUAUUUUAUUAGAUGUUAUUGCCACAUUUUGUGUAGUAUUACGUUAAAACUCUUGUACAUAAAACUUUAUAUUUAUAGGAGAAGAUGACGAUGAUUUUGAAACAAAUUGGGUAAGAUUCAUGAUGUGGCGAGUGUAAAACCCUAGACAAAUUAUAAUGUAUUAAAAUCGUUUUCGCAAAACACAAUACUCUGUUUAUUCUGUUCGUAUCAGUAAAUUCAACGUUUUUAGGUACUGGACCGUAAUCUGCAAGUAGGCUUGUCUAUCGUGGACGAUUGCUAUGGAAAAGUACCAGCCUUGGAAAGAGACGUCUUUUGGGAAGACAUGGUACCUCAACCUUUGUACACGGCCGAAAGUGCAGCUCGUCCUCACAAUCCGAUGAUCGGGUCCUGUAACGAUCUGAUCAGUGUAACCGAAGAUGCUCUUCUUGUGAAGCCAAGAAGACGGUUAAUGUCUACAGUAGCCAUGGUGCCAGAUCCACAGGAAAGUAAGGAUCAGGAGGUCGAUGAAGAUGGAGAACCGGUUAUUCCAGUAAGACAACACAAUCCGAUGAGAAGAAGCAUGAGGUAUGUUUCUGAUUAGUAUUACUUUUAUUUUAUUUUUGCAGAUUGUCAGUGAGUAAUAAUGGAGCAAAGGUAGAGAACGCCACCAAAAAGGUACUCGGAUCGAUUAAGAGAAAGUUCACAAAGAAAGUGUCGCCAAGCACGAAAAGAAGUGAGUAUAACAAUGAUUAGUAAUUAUAACGUAUAGUUAAAAUUGCAAAGUAACCAUUUUAAAAUCAUUUUUACAAAAAGUGUAGAAAUGCCCGAUGGUAAAAUAAAUGUAAAUUUUGAUUGUUACAGGAAGCUCUGCCACUUUGUCCAACUUUGGAGAUUGGUAUGAACGUGGGCCUGUACCUCGAUUUGCCAUUUCAAAACCAGAAGGACACACAUCAAGGAAUGGCAGCCUUGGCAACUCUUUCCACAACACACAUAAUGGCAAUAUCUCAAGGUAUAACGAUAUAAAAAUUCUCGUAUAUACGAAUGACAAUGAAAACAUGUUCAUAUAUACACAUAUAAAUUGCAGUAACACUCAAAAUGUUACAAUACCAAAUUACCAUCUCAUAACGCUCCGAUACUCCUACCAUAAUAUAAUGUCAAUUUCAGUCGCCAAUCCUCCUGUUCGUCGAUAAUGUACGAUGGCCUUCACUCACCCUUCUCUCAGUCACUGUCUCACAACGCCUUCAACCAGGCGGUCAACCGAAUGUCAGAAUCCAGUGACACGAUGACAUUCGACGCCAAAAAAGAAGAUGAGUCAGAAGCACCAGCUGAACGUUUGGGACAAAGUGGAGCAUGGACGGUGAACGAGAUGUUGCCAGUUAUUCACGAAGAACGAGAGAAGAGUAGAAACUCAUCCAAUUCUGCUGACAGCAUCUAUUCGGACUCCAAUCAGAAUACGCUACGGAACGAGGCCGGUGAGUAAAGUUAAAAGUUUGUGUAUAUAUUAUUACACUACUUUGUCGUACUAUAUACAUUAUAACACUCAUAAAGACGCCACAACAUUGCCUAUAUAUGGUUAAAUAAAGAAACAACUGAAACAUCUUUUCAGAGAUUCGUUCCGGUCUCCCUAUCCUAGAACCCAUCGACGAAGAAUGUCGUUCAAUAGGGCGCAGUUCUCAGAACCCAGAAUCGCCAAAUAACUUGAAUUUAGACGCCAAGUUCAGUCAAUCUCUGCCACAGAAGAUAAAGGAAGAAAUGAUAAAGAUACGACAAGCUUCAACCGAUGACAAAAAAGAAAAGGACCAGAAAAAUGACUCAGAUUCCGAAUCCAUCCAGACGGACGUUGAAGUUGUAGAAAGCGAAUCUGUUGGUGUAGCUUCAACAGAACAACUCCAUGUAGACGAACAGAACUCAGAAAACAAAACAGAAAAACAGAACGAAAAGUAGAUUACGUGUAACUUACAUUAAUAUACACAAGACGGGUAAUUACGAUUAAAAUUUUAAAACUAAUAAAUUCAAUAAAAGUUCAAUUUUUAAAUAAAAGGGAUAUUACUAUUACGACAAUAAUCCUACUACAAGUCCUAUUUUAACUUUAAACUUAAAAAAUCAAAAAGGAUAAGCAGUAGUUUAGCCAGAGCAAGCUAUAUUAUAUACAGCUGCUUUGACAAUACAUAACAGCUACGUAACAACCGAAGUCAAUGAGCCGUACCGCGAAGUAAAUAAAAGGCAAACUGAUAUAUCCACAUGGUAAACGUUGUUAUUACAACCUGUACAAUGGACUGGUUUCUGAGUUUUGUUUUAUUACCUACAGUUUGCUCAUUCGAAAUACCACGGCCAGAAGGUUCGUAAGUGUAAAAUACUACAUUUUUACAUUUUGCCAUAUGUCUUUUUAAAAUUACAUUGCUUUUUAUGCCAAAGAUGCAGAAUUGAGUUGUUUUAAUUCAAAUUUAGACUACAAACCUUCGAGUCAAUGUGAAACUGGUUAUUUCGAUUGUGGCAGUCCAAAUUCUACGUAUUGUAUUCCUUUUACUGCAGUAAGAGACUGUGUAGUAGACUGUGAAAACGGCAGUGAUGAAAGUAAGACAUAAAAAAGUAAUAAAAAAUGCAUUUGAUACAAAGAUAUCCACGAUGAAAGUAUUAUUUCAACGUAAAUUAGUUGCUUUAUAGUGUGUGGAGACGGUUUACACUUAUGUGACACAAAUGUAAAACAAAGUAACUCCAGAUGCGGCAAAUGUGUCAGAAAUUCCGAGCUGGGGAAGUUCUGUAUUGACCACAAAUGCAAGUGAACAUAGAUAAUAUUCUUGUAAUUUAUACUUAGCUUUCAAAUUGUAAAGUUAGUACUUAAAAAUUUAUCUUUAUUAAUUUACAGGGGAGAACCUCUGUAAAGAAGAAAAUGUAGUCAAAUGUCUCACAAAUGACAAUUGUGUACAUAACACUUGGAUCAACGAUGGAGUCAACGACUGUGGAGAUGGAUCAGAUGAAAGUAACUAUAGUCUUAUAUGUAUAGUUUAUCUUUUAGUACCUGGCACAAGUUUAAUGUAUACGUAUUUUAGAUUGUCCUGGUCCGCAAUGCCCAGUUACCGGGUUCAAAAACUACUAUUCCUCAACAAUGAAGACACCUCAAAGAUACGAAAACAUAAAAAGUAUGCCAAUUUUUGUUAAUCUUUUGCUUUAAACUUAAAAAUUUUUUCUUAUUUUUUAAUGUGUCCCUUGUCUAGGUUAUCAACAUAGAUCUCAACCCUACUACAAUAUACAUAAUUUUAGAAAAUGUAUCGUACGCCGCCGAUUGUGGUGACAAUUUGUUGGGUAACCCAUCUUUGACCGGAAUCUCUGUACGAUCUGUAUAUGACACAAGAUGUCACGACCCGCUAAACUGUCCCUUCACAGUUUUGUGUGAUUUCGACCUAUUUGGGGGUGGAUGGACAAUACUGUUCCAACGCAAAUUCCCUCCUCAAAUACAUUUUAAUCGAACAUGGAUAGAGUAUAAGAAUGGCUUUGGUGUCAUGUCGGCAAAUACUGAAUUCUGGGUAGGAAACGACCAAUUACAUAGUCUAACAUCACGGCCGUCUUGUAACAAUGAAAUGAUUGUCGUGGCCAAAACCUCACGUGAAGGUGUGGUUAAAUAUACAAAGUACAACUCUAUCCAUGUCUGUGAUGAGACCGAAGGCUACAAACUGCAAUUAGGAAUUCUUUCUGGGGCCGUGCCUUAUUUUGAAAGUAUGUUAAUAUAACACACUUUUAUCUUAAAAAGUUUGUUUUAUAAAAAAUGGUCAAAAAGUUUGUAUAAUCGCAAUUUAUGAAAGAUUCCAACCGUUACGAUAGCAUUACUCAAUAAUUCACCGUUUCAUUCUGUUUCAACUUAUUGUUUAGAUAUUGAUGGGUUCCUGCUCUCCCGUGACAAACCUUUUCAAACAUUUGAUUCGAAGAAACGACAAUGCCCUCAAGCAAGCGGAGGUUGGUGGAUGAGAAAUGACGAGUGUAAUAUGGAAAUACCAACCACCUCGUUCUACGCAUAUCAAAACAACAAAGGAGUCAUUUGGAAUCGAGAACGAAUAAUCGAGUUAUCAUUGUUAAUACGGCCUAGGGGCUUUACUGCUCCUUUGAAAAAUGAGUAA